CAGCCCUGGGCGCCUUCCGUUUCUUCCGCUUCUCUCGCUGCUCCUCGGGCAGGCCGGCCAGUGGCGGGGGUCGGCGCAUGGGGAGGGUCGGGGGAACCCCGGUGCGACAGCGUGUGCGCCCCCUAACGCGCAGGCCACACCGAGGCGGCGAACUGUGCCCGGGAGGCCGGGACCGGCGCGGACCGCCCCGCGGGCUUCGAGUCCGGGUGCCGAGACACGGUUCACGGCCGUCCACCCCCAGGCACAGCCUCACAGAGGAAAGGCCACAACGCACGAUCGCCACGCGUCUCCUCCAGCUCGGCCAAAUGUUCUCCCUCCCUCAGAAGGAACCCAAGGCACCUACUACCUGUCUGGGCCCAGCCUCCACACAGGACCUGGACAGUAACCAUGGUGAUGGUCUGGAAAGGGAAUGCUCCAGAAGACCAGCCCAGAGGCGGCCAGAGGUCUAUGGAGUCGGUGAUCCCCUUGCCAUGUUUUCCUCUGACAGCUCCCACCUGUCCUCUAGAGGAAAAAUCAUCAAAUCGUUCUGGGAUUCAGCUGAGGAGGGCUACAGGACCUGCCGCAAGGAUGAGUACGAUGAGGAUAAGAACCCCAGUGGCAUCAUUAACUUGGGCACUGGUGAAAACAAGCUCUGCUUUGACCUUCUGUCCAAGCGGCUGAGUCAGAGCGACAUGCUGCAUGUGGAGCCUUCCCUGCUGCAGUACCCUGACUGGAGGGGACAUCUGUUCCUCCGGGAGGAAGUGGCCAGAUUCCUCUCUUUCUACUGCAAAAGCCCUGCACCCCUUAAACCAGAGAAUGUGGUGGUUCUGAAUGGCUGUGCAUCUCUCUUCUCUGCUCUGGCUACGGUGCUGUGUGAGGUGGAGGAGGCUUUCCUGAUCCCUGCCCCUUACUAUGGAGCCAUCACACAGCACGUCUAUCUCUAUGGCAAUGUCCGACUGGUCUAUGUCUAUUUGGACAGUGAGGUUACUGGGCUGGACACACGCCCCUUCCAGCUCACAGUGGAGAAACUGGAGAUGGCCAUGCAAGGAGCCAAUUCUGAGGGUGUGAAGGUCAGAGGCCUCAUCCUCAUUAACCCCCAGAACCCACUGGGUGACAUCUACUCCCCAGGAGAGCUGCUGGACUACCUGGAAUUUGCCAAGAGGCAUGAGCUGCACGUGAUGGUGGAUGAGAUCUACAUGCUGUCCGUGUUUGAGGAGUCGGCCAGGUAUCACAGUGUCCUAAGCCUGGAGAGGCUGCCUGACCCCCAGAGGACCCAUGUGAUGUGGGCCACGAGCAAGGACUUCGGGAUGUCCGGGCUCCGCUUCGGCACGCUGUACUCAGAAAACCAGGAUGUGGCCACUGCAGUGGCUUCCCUCUGCCGCUAUCACAGUCUCAGUGGCUUGGUCCAGUACCAGAUGGCACAGCUGCUCCGGGACCAUGGACAGAAGGGAGAGUUGAUGGGAUAUUUAUCUUCUGGCUUAUCUUUCCCUCAAACAGACUGGAUCAACCAGGUGUACCUGCCGGAGAACCAUGCCCGGCUCAAGGCUGCCCAUGCCUAUGUCUCAGGGGAGCUCAAGGCCCUGGGGAUCCCCUUCCUGAGCCGGGGGGCAGGCUUAUUCAUCUGGGUGGACUUGAGGAAGUACCUGCCUGAGGCCACCUUUGAGGAGGAGAUGCUGCUCUGGCACUGCUUUUUGGACAAUAAGGUGAUGCUGUCUUCUGGCAAGACCUUUGGGUGUAAGGAGCCUGGCUGGUUCCGCUUGGUCUUCUCAGACAAGGCCCCCCGGCUUAGUGUGGGGAUGCAGAGGGUCCGGCAGGUUCUUGAGGGCAAAUCCCAGGUGGCAGAAGACCCGCCUUCCUGUCAGAUCCAGGAGCCACGGGCCAGCACAGGUGAGCUGGUGGUUGUAUCGUGAGAGGCCCUGGCAACCACUGCUGACCGGGCCCUUUUGAGGCCGCAAAGACUGACAGAGAAGCCGUUGGCCAGGAGGCCGUCCGGUUUGACCUCGGCUCCUGAAGAACUGUUCCCUGCCUCUCAAUGGCAGCAACAAGCUCCUUAAGCUGAGGUUUGACCACACCCAUCCCCCUUCCUCUCUAUUAAAUAAAACUGGAAGAAAUGAGAA